CGGCACCUGCCGCAGCCCCGCACAGCCCUGGACAGCCCUACACAGCCCCGCACCGCCCGGCACAGCCCAGCACAGCCCUACACAGCCCCGCACCGCCCGGCCCGGCCCUCCCCCGGGCGGCAGCGCGCUCCCGCAGCGCCGCGGGUCAGCGUCGCCUCCCGUACCUGUUGCGCAGGGAGCCGGCGGGGCGGGGCGGGGAGAGGAGGGAAGGAGGAGGGUGGAGCGAGAGGAGCCCCAUCGCAGCAGCCCCAUCGCAGCAGCCCCAGGACGCGCCGGGCUCCCGGCCCCGUCUGGCGGGGAGGCGAUAGCCUCAAGGAGCCCGAGAUGGCGGACAGCGCCGCGGCCACCGCCGCUCCUCGGCCCGGCGUCAAGGGCUCGGCCGGGCCCUGGUGGAAAUCGCUGACCAGCAAGAAGAAGCUGAAGGAAGCGGCGGUGGCCCCGCCGCACCCCGCGGCCAGCGAGAGCCCCGCCGACACCCCCGGCCCCGACGGGCGGGAGGAGCAGCCGCCGCCCCUGGGCAGCGCGGACGCCGCGGGGAGCGGGGCCGGCAGCCGGCGGAGCCUCCGCGUGUCCCACUCGGGCCGCUUCAAGGAGCGGCGGAAGGUGCGCACCUCGCUGCUGGCCGACAGCCCCGAGGUGUUCGACGGCGGCGGCGCCCCGGGCCAGGCCGCGCAAGGGGCCGAGUAGCCCAGCAGGACCCUGCCGAGGAGCUGCCGCUGGAUGGGUGACAGCCCCACAGCUGGGCUUUCUCCCGAAUUUGCCCUAAACCAGGACGAACCCGCGGGUGGCAUGUGGGCAGCGCUCCCGAUCCCUGGCUGGACAAGCGGGGAGCCCGGCACCGCUGCCAGGCCCGGCAGUCGCGGGCUGCGUUACGUGAACACCGCCAAUACCAAUACGGGACCGUGUGAUUGUCUUUUUUAAAAACCACCAAUAAACACCCCACUCCCUGUGCUGUGGUGAGCGGACUCAAAGGUGCUAUCCCAAGGCCGAUGGUGGGUCUGUGAACCUUCCUGCAGCCCUUGCCAGGAGCCGACGUGCUGACUCAGGCCUGCGACCCAGCUCCUUCUGGCUCUCCAGCCGAGGAGGAGCUCUGCUGCUUUCAUCUCACUCUGUCUUAUCCAAGGAGGGGGGG